UGUGUCGGCCUCGCCCACCGGCCUCAGAGUGUGGGAAAGCUAAUCCUGGCCGGCACUCAUGCCUUUGUAAUGCUAAUGUCCAGCUAUAAAUGGAGAAGAGGGAUCGUCAUCGCUCAGCUCUCAGCCAGAAGCUGCACUGCACCAGAAUGGCUCCAAGCACCACCAGAGACUCUCCCAUCGCAAUGCUGUCCAGCAAAGACAGGCACAAACUGAGGAAGCCGGUCGUGGAGAAGAUGAGGCGAGAUCGCAUCAACAGCUGCAUCGAGCAGCUCAAAGUCCUGCUGGAGAAGGAGUUCCACAAGCAGGAUCCCAACGCCAAGCUGGAGAAGGCCGACGUCCUGGAGAUGACGGUGGUGUUCCUGAAGCAGCAGCUGCAGCCUCAGGGCUCAGACCACGGUGAGGGCUACUCCCGCUGCUGGAAGGAGACCCUGCACUUUCUGACCGCCAACACCUUGAAGGAGGCGAUGCUGCCGCACCUCCGUUACGUCCACUCUGCUCACAGAGCCGACCACGACACCUCCUCCACAUGUGCCGUCUCCUCCCAGAUUCAAGUCCAGGUUCCAGCGAAGCACCUUUCCAGCCCAACCAAAGCAGUAUGGAGGCCGUGGUAGAUGAUCCACACCAUCUUCCUCACACCGGAUGGCUGUCGCCCAUCGUGAAUGUCGUAGGAAAUUUGUUUUCCGCUUACAUUUUGGUGUUUCAAAUGAUUUUUUGUUGUUGUCUUCCCUUUGGAAAUGUUUGGUGCUGUUUAAUCUGUGCUCUGUUGAUGCACUCAGAUCCUUGUGUUUCCAGCAAGGAUUGAUUGUUGAGAUGAUGUCUCUUUACUUUAAUGGUUGCUAAGGCAACUGAAAAUGAGCCAAACGUCCUCAUUUACUUUCUACCAUUCUAUUUAGAUGAUGUUUUUAUGUGUUAAAUACCUUUUGUGAAGGUUUUGUUGGGAUUCCAGGUGUCCCAAAGUGGCACUUUUUUUUUUUGUGCACCAACAUAAUCUAACACUGU